AUUUUUACCGCCCAGAUGGUCAAAAAGGGAGUGGAAAACCAGGAGUUGGAGUCAGAAGCAAAGGCUGAUGAGACUGCGUCAGACAGUGAGAGCCGAGCGGACCUGUGUGCGCCGCCAGCUCCUGUUGAUGACACCCCAGAGGUCCUCAACAGGGCCCUCUCUAACUUGUCUUCAAGAUGGAAGAACUGGUGGGUGAGAGGCAUCUUGACUUUGGCCAUGAUUGCAUUUUUCUUCAUCAUCAUUUACCUGGGACCAAUGGUUUUAAUGAUGAUUGUUAUGUGUGUUCAGAUUAAGUGUUUCCACGAGAUCAUCACUAUCGGCUACAAUGUCUACCACUCCUAUGACCUGCCCUGGUUUAGGACCCUCAGCUGGUACUUUCUGCUGUGCGUAAACUAUUUCUUCUAUGGUGAGACGGUGACGGAUUACUUCUUCACCCUGGUCCAGAGAGAAGAGCCUUUGAGGAUUCUCAGUAAAUACCACCGGUUCAUUUCCUUUACCCUCUACCUGACAGGGUUCUGCAUGUUUGUACUGAGCCUAGUCAAGAAGCAUUAUCGGCUGCAGUUCUACAUGUUUGGCUGGACCCAUGUAACACUACUGAUUGUUGUAACCCAGUCACAUCUUGUUAUCCACAACCUGUUUGAAGGAAUGAUUUGGUUCAUUGUCCCCAUUUCCUGUGUGAUCUGCAAUGACAUCAUGGCCUAUAUGUUUGGCUUUUUCUUUGGCCGGACCCCACUCAUCAAGCUCUCUCCGAAAAAGACCUGGGAAGGCUUCAUUGGGGGCUUCUUUGCUACUGUGGUGUUUGGCCUUCUGCUGUCCUACGUGAUGUCCGGGUACAGAUGCUUUGUCUGUCCCGUGGAGUACAACAACGACACCAACAGCUUCACUGUGGACUGCGAGCCCUCGGACCUGUUCCGCCUGCAGGAGUACAACAUUCCUGGGGUGAUCCAGUCGGUUGUUGGCUGGAAAACAGUUCGGAUGUACCCCUUCCAGAUUCACAGCAUUGCCCUCUCCACCUUUGCCUCGCUUAUAGGCCCCUUUGGAGGCUUCUUUGCGAGUGGCUUUAAGCGAGCCUUUAAAAUCAAGGACUUUGCCAAUACCAUCCCCGGCCACGGAGGCAUCAUGGAUCGCUUUGACUGCCAGUACCUGAUGGCCACCUUUGUCAAUGUGUACAUCGCCAGUUUUAUCAGGGGCCCUAACCCGAGCAAGCUGAUUCAACAGUUCCUGACCCUGCGGCCAGAUCAGCAGCUCCACAUCUUCAACACGCUCAAGUCUCACCUGAUGGACAAGGGGAUCCUGACAGCUGCCACAGAAGACGAGUAGAGACCACCGGGGCAGAGAGCGGGGUCAGGACUGAGGAAGGGGCAGGUCUCCCAGGCAAGCCCAGCUGCUGUGACUUAGACAGUGACAAGCUUCAACUCACUGGCUUUUCUUUUCUUAUUUUGGUAGUGUUUUUUAUUUGUUUGUGGGUUUUUAAAAGAAUUUGUAUAUACAGUCUGUUUAUGGUUUAAGUUGUGAGUAUCUGUAGCUCUGAGUUGGAAAGAAGUCACGAGGGUUUACAUUUGGGGUUUUAAACAACUGAAGUAUUGGACAACUUGAAAGACGGCAUUGCCCAGCUCAGGAUGUCUGCUUGGUGGUUCCGGCCCCGUCCACUGGACUGUUUUGGGGCCCAGAUGAUGGACGUUGAUCUGCUCCAGACUUGUGCAGGGAGGGGCCUCUCCUAUCUGGGUUAGGGUGCUUCUCGAGCAACCCCUGCUGGGAGCUGCAGAGGAUGGCUUUCUGUGGGCCAAGAGAGAGGAAGGGGUGGAGGUUCGUUGGUCAGAUGAGCAACGCGUCCACAUCAGAAUCCUGCAGAGGCUGUGUGAGCUCUGCUUCACAGUCAGGGUCACAGACUAAAAGGUUUCCAUUUUUAUUCUUUCAGAAAGCAAGAAAAGUUACGUAAAAUAAUCUGGAGAAAAACACACUGUAAAAGUUCAAGUGUAUGCAGUGAAAUGCACUGUAAGCAAGCCCUUUCCCAUGAGGUAGGCUCCAGCUUCUCUUAGCGGGCAGGCCGGCAAACUGCGUCUGUUCAGGGAUGAGGCCAAGGGCAUUUGUGCUGUAGACUUGCUGCUGCUGAAUCUGGGGGGAUGGGGGCCCCGCAGGCAGGGAGCAGGGAGCAGGGGGCUUUUGGUUCAUACCCUUCACUGAAUGCCCACGUAGCUGCUGUGUUGUGUAUAUAUUACUCUUGAGGUGAGUGUGUGUCUGUCUGUGUUCUAAGAGUCACUUCUUUCUUGCAGUGAUUUCACUUACACCAUGACUUGUUUGCUGGAAACCACAACAUCUUGCUUAAAACUAUGGCAAACCUAACCUGAUGAGAGGCUUGAUUAUUCUGGAGAUUAAAUGUAUACUUUUGAUAUCAUGUGAACAGUUUACACGUAGUAUGUGUUUUACUGGAGGACCUUUCUUGGUUGUUGUGUGUAUAAACUUUUCUGCCUCCUGAUUAUAGGGGUGAGAUUGACUUUGGGAAGACAGAUCAGCUCUCUGUCAGGUCAGCUCAAUGAAUGGUCAAGCACAAGGGGAGGACUUGGUGCCUGGUGUGCCCAGUCAUUCCACGCCCUGCUCAUUUUCACUGCCCACGAGAGAAACUCUGCCAGCACCGUGGUCAGGUGCUGUUUUGUGGUGUUUGUUUUUAUGGCCACGCUGCCUCCCAGAAACCUCGAGCCCAGAUUGCGGACAGCGUCCACAGGGGUCAGAGUCCCUUUCACUGUGCAGGUUCCCCCGUGGGUGUGGGGUACAGGCAGCUUCUCUCUAAACUCCCAUUAUAGCUUCAGGGCUUUUUGGUUUCAGGCCCACAGCCCCAUAAACAUUGUGCUGGGCGGGAAGCUUCACUCAGAGUCUUCGCAUUCUGAGCUGUCUUCUAAUUGUUCUGUUCCGUUUUUACACCCAUCUCUCAUGAGUCAUGUCCUGGGCACCCAGAAGGAAGUGUUUUCAGGCCUCGUCCAAGGUGAUUCACACCUCACAUCUUCAUCAGUGAUUAGGAAUGAGGCUGCAGUUUCUGUCUGGAAUGAACUCACUUGUCUCCUGUUGCCCCAUUGUGGGCAUGUGGUGGGAUUCUUGAGAACAGGGGCUUGGUGAGGCCCAGCAGCAGAAACCGCUCUGCGACAGGGCCACCUUUGGGCAUUCAUCAUUGCUGGGGUCCUGGGAGACUAAAGCUAGGUGCUCCCUAGAGCCUUUAGCAAGAGGCCUGAGGGGCAGUAUGGGCUGUAUUUGUUUUUUUCCUGAUUUCCUGGCGUGCAGAAUUUCCCAGUCAAGUUGCCAGGAGAGCAAUGCUACCUUGGUUUUUGACAGCAGUGCAUCUUUCUCCCAUUUAUAGACCAGAUUCCAGAGACUACUUAACAUGCACCUGUGCAGAUCUUAAUGACUUUCAUAACUUGCUGUAGACCCAUUGGGUUUUUUUUUUUGGUUAGAAAUAAAAUGCGACCAAAACCGUGUGCCCACCUUGUCAUGAAUUCAGUGUUUGUGGCUUCCAUGCCUGGUUUGAUGUUUUCCACUGACCUCUGCAGUACCUAGGGGGAGGGCCAUUAGCACCUUCCCCAGGGCAGUGAGGGAGCCAAACUCACUCCAUCAGCACUGUGCCUGCAGGACAGGGACCCUCCGUCUCUAGCCCCACUUGCACCUGAAAUGCUGCAGUGUUCCUUCCCCCACACUCAGGAGGCCUGGCCCUAGCCAGGCUGGAGUGUGAAUUGCUGUUAGUUAGCUCAUAAGUGGUGAAAUAAAGAGUUGAUGAGCCUGGUGUCCCCGUCCUCACAGGGGAGGAGCCGACCACCCUCUUAACUGCCAGUGUCAUUGGAAACGUGCACAUUGGUGUUUUACCCUGAAGGUGAAACCCUCUAAGGCAGCCGGCGCUUCAUGUUUAUUAUUUCUUGCCUCCUUUAUAUUCAGAGUCUUGUAGUAGCUCUGUAUUUAAACUGUAUGUGCUCUUGAUGCCACAUAGCUCUGGAAUACAUGUGAACUGGUCUCUCUUCAGGGGGUAAAACGUAAUUUUAACCUUACACUAGACCUUGAAACCAUUUUGAUGUUUCUUUUCUCUAACUGGGAUCAUUCCCGGAAUUUGCCUUACAUUAUGCAAGGAAAUUCCAAAAGUACAUUUCAGGGAGAUCCCAAGCCCUGUGAUUGGGGUCUGACUGGUUUGGCAGGGGCCUGGCACAAAUGGGUCCUGGUUCAGGGCUCACUGUCAGCGUCCUGGGCAGGCCCAGCCAGCCCCACAGUGGACAGCACUGGGUCAUAGGAGUGGAGACUCAGGUGGCCAGCAGUGGCUGUGUUCCUUAGGAAGCUAGCCCGAGGUGGAUUUCCAAGGGGCUUUUUACCACUUUCCCUGAACGUGGCAUGUCACUGCUGAAACCUCUGUUUAGCAUUGUCCUAGGCACUGUUGUCUUGUCUUUCAGAGUGAUUUGAAUCGGGCCUACCGUUCUUGCACACUGUGCCUGUGUGUGUGGGGGGAGAGGAAUGUGUAUUCAUGCAUGCACUUGGGGAGUGAUUUCACUUAGACACAGAGUUCCUGUUCUUCCUAAGACAGGGUGGGGAGGAAAGGCCUAGGCGGGAAGUAUAGGUGGCUUGUAGGUGCACCACCAGCCAGUAAGCCAGGCUGGGCUCCUUUGAUGGAACACAGCUCUGAAAAGGGGAGCUGAUCCUUGAGCACAGCCUCCUGUCUUUCUUAUCUUGGUCAGAAUGAACUUCCUUCUCCUUUUAUGGCUAUUCUAGCUUCUAGCUUUUGAAGAGAUUAAUAGCUCCCACUUCCUGAUGUGGUGUCCCCUCUGUAAGGCCCCACCCACAUAGAGUGCUGGGUUUGGAGUAAGUGGCGAUGAAGGACCCUUCUGUAAAGGCUCUGCUAGGCCCACCUCCCCUUGGUCCUGGUUACCCCCACUCAUGCCCCCAGGAGCAGGGUCCUAGCUGCGUUUUCACUUGAAUGUGGCCCACAGUUCUGUCCCCCCAGGCGUCCCCUUUUUGGUUGACCUUAGCCCGGCUGCUGUUCUCCCUUGGGGCUGCCCCUUGGUUGGACAAAUCUUGCACCUAUUUGCCUGGGAACCAUCCCACAGCCAGGUCGUCCUGCUUUGAGGACAGUUUGGGAAGUGACUUGGAUGAAGUGUGUGUGAUUUAUGAGAAUGGAGGGGCCAAAUAUGUGACAUCUAGAGGUUCAGAUCCAUUGACUAUUUGAAAACCUUGCUCCCUCUUUUCCCCCUUUUCACCUAAUUCCUAUCUGCAGGCUCCUUCUCUUUUUUCUCAAGCUAAUGAAAUACCAAGAGUGUAUCUGUCAAUGGCUGCAAUCAUACGGCGCUUACCCUGUGCCAAGCACAGUGCUACGGGUUUGCAUCUGUUAUCCCUUCUAGUCCAGAAACCCUUUGAUGAGAUGGUGUUGUCUGCAUCUUACAGUUGAGGAAACAAUCUCUGCCAUGGAGGCCGAGAGCAGCAGCUGAGAGACAGACUUCAGGCUUAGUCAGCCCUAGGCCUGGGCAGGUUCCUAGGCAGCUUCUGGUCUCCUGCUCGAACCCACCUGGGUCUAAGGGUGGUUAUAAGGAUUUAAUGCAGUAAUGCAUAAAACCAUCUAGCACAGUGCCUGGCGCAUAGUAAGUGGUCAUUAAAUGAUUGUUGUUCUUGUUGAGCUUAGCUGGUCAUUAGACCUACAUUGAGUGUAAUGCUGGAAAGUGGGUUCUCAGCCACCACACUGCCACUACCCUGCAUGUAGCCUGGUGUUCAGAAUCUGGAAAGUGGCCACAUCAUCCUUUUGAGAGAAGCAACACAAGUUAUAGCACUAUGGCAUCUUGGCGCCUCACACAGGAGAGGGUGCAGAGAAUCUGUGCUGAGUGGGUGUGGCCUGUCCAAGCGCAGUGCCCACUUCCUGUGCUCAUGGUCUGAGCCCCCCGCCCCGCUGUUUUCACUUCCGGGGCAACUGCACUCUGGAAAGUAAGGGCCUGUGACUUGCUCUGGGCCCUACUUCCCUUCUCAGGGCAGAAGGGCCAUGCUCCGUGCAUGAAGCUCAGGAGCCUAUAGUUCCCUGUGCAGAUGGCUGAGCCUUCAGGGACCUUCUAAAGAUGAGGGGGAAAGCUGAACUUGCUCUGAGGCAUAUCACCAACCAGGAGCCUGGAGUCUCUUCCCACUCCCUUGUCCAUAGCCCAGGACCUUCUGUUCUUUUUUUUUCUUUUUCUUUUCUUUCUUGUGGUAACUAGAAGGGCUGGGGAUGUAGUUUAGUCGUGCAGUACCUGCCUGGCAAGCAUGAGGCCCUGAGUUUGAUUCCUAACAAGACAGAGGAUAGGAUAGCUGAGGACAAGUGAUGUAGGGUUCUUGGUGAGCAAAGAAUCAAAGUGAUUCACGAGUGAGGAAAGAACAGGCCAUAGACAGAGGGAAGAAAUGUUUGUCUUAGUUUUCUGACUGGAGACAAGGUUGGGAAGGGUGUGUGAGAAGGAGGACUCUAUUGGAGGAGUAGUUUGGCUAACAGGAUCCAUGGGAUUCUUAAGCCGGUGGGGUAAUAGCAAAUGUUAGAACUACUGGCUUGACUAUGAACUGUUUUUUGGGUGUUCAUGGAGCUCAAAGGGCCUGCUGGAAUCUAAAUGGUUGCCUCUCCCCUAGAGUUCAUUACAGAGUAAUUACAGGAGGCAGAGAAAGGCAUUGCAUUUUUUUGUAAGCCCCUGCAGGGACAGGGCCAUCUGAGGGGGGCCUGCCCCAAACACCCUGUUGCCCUUCUGAACUGGGCUCGCCAGCUCUGGCGCUUCCUCCCUCACUGUACCAUCUAAGUGACCCAGGCAGCUGGGUGUAGUGCUUCAUGCCAGCACUUGGAAGGCAGGAAAAUUGUGAGAUUGAGGCCAGCUUGGGCUGUAUAGUGAGACCCUAUUUUGAAAAAACAGAAACUAAGUGAUCCAGGCAGCCCUUUAUCUGGAGAGAGGGAGGCUCCCCACUGGCUGGGGGCGCGGUACUGUGGGCAGGGCUGACCAUCCACACUGUCCUCUCUGGCAGUGGGACUUAGCCUUCAUGGACUGUGCGGGAGGGCCAGCACCUAGCAUCUGCCCUGGUGAAGCUGCUUGCUGGCUUCACCCACUGGCCACCUGUCCUUCACUCCUGGGGUAACUUUUCCUUACCCCGUCAGGUUCAUGUAUUGCCCCACCUUUUUUUUCCAGUGCUGGGGAUCGAACUCAGGACCUUGCACUUUGCGAGGCAGACGUGGUACCACUGAGCUAAAUCCCCGGUCCUUCAUGUACUGCUUUUGCUGGCUUUUCUCAAAGUAAAUACCAGAGUAGAAAGGGUCCUGUGUGUUUCUGGGCGGGCAGAGUGUGUGCACGUGUUUCUGUAACAGUGUCCCCAGGCAGACACCGGCCUUUGGUAAAACUGCUUCUGCCUUGUGAGGCUGGCUGGUGUAUGGCGCCAGGCACAGAGGGGAGUAGCCGAGCAGACCC